AUGUGCCGCUGUGUGUUAGUGUUGCUGCUGGCAGUGCUGCUGCCACGCCCACCACUGCACACCGUCAACGCCUUUAACUUGUCGCCACGCCCGAAUUCUGUCAUACGCCCGCCGCAGCAUCUGAAAUUUUAUUUACCACAAGUGCGCAGCUCCUACUUUGGUUAUACAAUGGUCAUGCGACCCACCAGCAUUAUUGUAGGUGCACCACAGGCCCAGUCCACAUUGAUAGGGCAAAGCAAUGUCAACGAAACGGGCGCCAUUUACAAAUGCUCACUGCCCAGCGGCAGCUGCAAUCCGUAUGUGUUUGAAGAACAUGGCAAUAUCAACAUUAAUAGGAACAGAUACACCUCGGACUUUGAGCUUCGUGACUAUCAGUGGCUGGGUGGUGCCAUGGAUGGCGGCACGAAGGACACGGACAAGCUGCUGGUCUGUGCGCCCAAGUUUAUAGUGUCUUCUAGAAAAUAUUAUCAAAUGAAUGGCAUAUGCUAUUGGAUAGCCGACACUCUUGCGGAUCAGCCGCAGAACAUAACUAAGAUCUUACCGCUGCGUCUUAAGUCAGAUCAAGUAAAGGAAGGCAGAAUUUAUUUCUACCUGAUGGCCGAGCAGGGAUUUAGCGCACAUAUUACUGAUGACAGGAGGAAAUGCUUAUUGGGUGCGCCCGGCGUAUUCAACUGGUGUGGCUCAGUUGUACGUCUGCGCAAGGUCAGCCCCAGUGGAGGACCUUCCACAAGUCGCAAAGUGGGUGGCAAUACCGUUGAGUAUGAUACCUAUAAAACCAGUAUACCUAAUCCACAACGCUGGAAUCAGGAAGGUGACUCAUACUUUUGGUUAUGCCCUAGCUCUGGCUACUUUGAUAGCCAAGAUCGCAAGCGUUUGCUCUAUGUGGCCACCGCUCCACAGUCUGGCGAGGGUUACAUCUUCGACAUACUCGGCAACUCCAUUGACAAGUGGCACGUGUUCCGAGGCGGACAGUUCGGAGAGUACUUUGGCUACUCCGUGCUGGCGGAGGAUCUCAACGGCGAUAAUCUCACCGAUCUAAUUAUAUCAGCGCCCCAGCACUCGUUCGAGGACUCACAUGACAAUGGCGCCAUUUACGUCUUCAUCAACAAGGGCAGAUUUAAUUUCGAGUCCAAGCUGCUGCGCAGUCCGCUGCCGAAUGUGGCCAAGGCACGUUUCGGCACCACGCUGACGCGACUGGGCGACAUUAAUCACGACGGCUUUAACGAUAUUGCCGUUGGAGCGCCUUUUGCUGGCAAUGGAUCCGUGUUCAUUUAUCUGGGCAGCGAGCUAGGACUGCGGAAUCAGCCCAGCCAGCGCUUGGAUUCGCCACUGCAGCAGGCAUCGAAGUAUGGCGAGCAUAUGUUUGGACACGGCUUGUCUCGUGGCUCGGACAUCGACGCAAAUGGAUUCAAUGACUUUGCUGUGGGCGCACCCAAUGCUGAGGCUUUGUUCAUCUAUCGCGCUUAUCCUGUGGUCAAGCUGCUGGCCAGCGUGCGCUCCCAGAGUCGCGAGAUCAAACCGAUCCAGAAUCGCGUGCAGAUUACAGCCUGCUAUGGACUCACUACCACCUCGAAAGGCCAGCUGCUCCAGCAGCAGGACAUGGCCAUGCGGAUUGUCAUUGAUGCGCAGCUGAAGCGCGCCAAGUUUGUUUCGACGCAGUCCAAUGAGCUCAGCUUCAAUGCCGUCGCAGGCAUGACUCAACAGUGUCGUGUCGUUGAGGUCGAGGUGCGCUACAGCGAGAAGGAUAUAUUCCAGCCCAUCGAACUGGAAAUGCACUAUGAGCUCACCAAGAAGGUGCCAGACUCUGAGGAAUUCUGCGAAACCUGCGUGGCUGUGGAUCCGGCUGACCCCAAGGUCUACUCGGAGAAAAUCAUUUUCAGCACCGGCUGUGCCACUGACAUUUGCAUAGCCGAUCUGCAGCUCAGUGGCAAGGAUAUGAGUCCCAGCUAUAUCUUGGGUAGCAGCAAAACGUUGCGCAUGACCUACGAGGUGACCAACCAAGGAGAGACCGCCUAUCUGCCCCAGCUCAAUGUCACUAGCUCGAGUCGUCUGAACUUUGCGCAAACUCCUGGAACCUGCAAUGUCUUCGAGGCUGUUAUGGUCUGCGAUCUGAACCGUGGACGUCCGUUGAUGAAGGGCGAUAAGGAUAGCGUGACCAUAAGCUUUGAUGUCAGCGCUCUUACGGGCAGUGCCUUGACUAUUAAUGCGGAGGUGUUCAGCACAGGCCAGGAGAGGAAUCCAUUGGACAACAAGCUCAUUAGCUUAAUAGCGCUCCAGCAAUACACGGAAAUUGAUGCCUCUGGUGGCCAAACUAAUGGUGCCAUCGACUUGGAGCACUACAAGAACUCGGCGGAGAUCAUAAACAAUUACGAGAUCAAGAGCAAUGGCCCCAGCACAGUGGAUGCCUUGGAACUGGUCUUCCAUAUACCCGUGGCUUAUAAAAUUGCAGGCUCAACAGCAAUUAUUCCCAUCAUCAAUGUGAGCAAUCUCACCAUGCAGGCCACAUAUGAUGCCCAGCUGGUGGCCAUUGAGCUGCUCGAUCAGAACAACACGCAGCUUAUUCUGAAUCCCAUUGAGGUGCCCACGAGUCGCAUCGGCUAUGAUGAGGAGCAUGCGGUCAUGACGCAGAAUGGCGAGCACUACGACAUCAGCACCAGUGGCCAUGUGCAUGAGCACCUGCAAAUCUUGGACACGGACUCAGUGGCGACGGCUUCAAUGUCUCGCAAGCGACGCGAUCUUAAAGCUUUGACUGCCAAUCGUGAGCAAUAUGCGCGCAUUUCCAAUAUCAAAGCACAUGAGUUGCUCAGCGAUGAUUUGAAGGGCAAGUUGCCUGUGAAUCGCACCAUUGUGUUCAACUGCAAGGAUCCGGAAAUGACCAUUUGCCUGCGUGCCGUGAUGCGUAUCUAUAACUUUAAGCCGGAGAAGCCAGUGAAUCUUAACAUGUGCUUCAGCGUGGAUCUCAAUGAAGUCAACGCCAUUCUCAUUGAUCCUUGGGAGUUCUUUGCAAUACUCAUCGAUCUAAAUGUGCGCAAGGAGGGCGAUCCAAAGGAUUUGACGCUGGCGAUCACGCGCCAGAUUGAGCCAAAUGUUAUAUACAAGCAUUUGGCAACCAGUUUGCCCAUAUGGAUUGUCAUGGUCUCUGUGCUGGGUGGUCUCUUGCAGCUGGCAGCCAUCACCUAUGGCAUGUAUAAGGCGGGCUUCUUUAGGCGCGCCAAGAAGGAAGAGCUGGACAAGCUGGUGCAACAAUGUCCAGUUAAGCCCGACGCUGAAACCUUGAACAGCGGCGACAAUUAA